AUUAUCUCUCGGUCGAGAUAACACUUUCUUUAUUAAAUAAACUUUACGACUUUAGCUACUUAUUGUUUACAUAUUUAAUCGCUAAAAUCCAGACGAUAAAAGUCUCGCGCCUUGGUCACGUGAUUUAGCGGAAGUCAAAUUCGAUCGUCUGCGCAAGAUUUUCACAGUCAUCGAUUGGUUGUAAAUAUGACAUAAUGAUAUACAUAAAUAAAGAUAUACCGAUGACAAUUGUCAAUUAAAUGCUUUGCUAACUUGGAUGCAAAAAGUUUAAUUACAGACUUGGUUGAAAAACGGUUAAAUUAAAAAAAAAAUGGAACUAAACAGCACUGAUUCGAUGCAAGCAAAUGGACCCCCUGUGUGUACUGGAUGUAAUAAAGAAAUCUACGACGGAACUUUAUUUCAAGCGAAUGGGAAAUACUGGCAUAAUACAUGUAUAAAAUGUGUUGUUUGCCGGAAACACAUUACCGGAUGUUGUCACAUGAAAGACGAAGAGUUGUAUUGCAGAACAGACUUUACCCGGUUGUUUGGAGCGAAAUGUUCGAGCUGCUGUGAAAUAAUCUCGCCGUCAGAGGGCGUGCAUGUUGCCAACAGUAGCUUAUAUCACACAGCUUGUUUCUCGUGCAUCACGUGCGGCUGUCGACUUCAGCCUGGACAUUAUUUCUACAUGAAAGAUGAUGGAAAACUCCUCUGUUCCGACGAUUAUCAAAGAUUACUAUUUAAAGACAGCGGCGAUACAGAUAGUGGUUCCGACGAAUCUGGAUCAGACGACACCGACAUACGUCAUCGCACGUGCUUCAGUGACAACCAACUGCGCAUGCUCACAACAGCUUACCAAUCAAACAAACGUCCAUCCCGAGGUGUUGUAAAACAGAUCAGUGACGAAAGUGGUCUCAGUGUCAGAACAUUACAAAUGUGGUUCAAAAAUCAUCGAGCAAAAGACAAACAGUACCAAAAUAAAGUUGUGAAAAAUGCGUCCAACAACUUGAAUAAUAUCAGAAUAAUGCAGGGUGGUAAUUCAGUUCAUCAUCAAAAUCAGGCAUACGGUCAACAGACACUGCAUUACGAGUACCAAGGCUCUUUUGAGAGUCACCAGUUGUAUUGCCCGUUAGACUUUUUAGUUCCGAAUGAAAUGCCGCCAAAUGUUGAUUUGUCGUCUGCGGACAUUUGUAAUGGCGAAGUCAUAGCUGGAAAGAGGAACUCAAAUAACUACCCCAUAUCUCUUCAAAACAGCCAGUUUCUCCCAGACUUUAUUCAACAAUGGCUGACAGCGUAAAUGUUGUUUUUUCCCUUUUUUGUGCGUCUUUGAAAACUGUGUUACUCUUGUUCAUUUACAUUAAAUAUGGUGAUUUUAAGAUUUCUUAAAAAAUAUACUUAGCAUUCAUUAGCAAGAAAAUCAAAGUACGAGUUUCAAUAUGUUUCCAAAACUAGUGAUGAUAAAUUUAUAGCAACAUUUAAUAAGCUGUAGAAACACACACAAGUUAUCUGUGUAAGCUCAUCAGGGUUGUAAUUUUCACGUGUGGAAAACGUACCACCGCAAACUAAAAUAUUUUGUCACAUGGAAUUGAAACUUUAGUCACCGGUCUAUUGUUAUUCUUGUUGUAAUUGAUAUUGUUUCAAUCAUUUUCAGGAAAUAUUUUUUCUUAAAUGUUUAUACUAUGUAUUAUUUGGUAUAUGAAAACUACUUUUAUAUGUAUUAAAUAAAUAAAGUUUAUUUACAUAU